GAUGAAUGUGUUCAUUGCCGAUUGCUAACGACUGUCAGCUUCCUGGGUUACCUGCUCCGUUGGAAGAACAUGCGCGCUGUACACGGCCAGCGGAGUCGGCAUGGCAGGAUGCUGCGACGGCUCAGACCACCAAGCAUGCGGCUGGGCGAGCAGCUGCGUCGACUACGACCAGUAUUAUAGCUCCAGUGCCUGCGACGCGGAUUGUCGGCUCAACACCUUUGUCCGAAAAUGCACGAGGGCCGCUGCCCCAUACUGCGUCACCUGGACGUAUGCCUCCAACGACGUCAAGGAUUUUGGAUGUGUCGAGACCUCCAGUCGUUCCGUGGAAACCAUCUACUACAGCGCCAGUGAUGAUCUCUUCUCGUCCUUCACGUCCGUCUCCCUGCUUACGCUGAGCGAAGAUGACGUCGUAACGGAUAGCGCUCUUACCAGCGUUUCCAGCGACCUGCUUGAUUUCACUUCCGAUCUUUCCGAUAUCCUCGCCUUCACCACCGAGUCCGACUCUGCCCAGGAGACUGACCCAGUCGCCAUUGGAGGUGGCGGAGGGGGUGGAGGGAAACGCAAGAAGAAGAGCAAGGUCUCCACGGGGGCUAUCGUCGGCGCUGCCAUUGCCGGCAUCGCAUUUCUCUUCGCCGUCGGAUCCAUCAUCCUCUUCUUCUGUCUCAAGGCGAAACGCAAACGCCAACCCGUCGAAAACCCUGCCGUCGGUGCCAACGCAGUCGCACCUCCCCCGGCUGCUCAAUUCAAUCCUCAGAUGGGGGAACAGGGGCAAGUCCCGCCUAUGAUGCCGCCACCGGGACCUCCUCAGUCACCCCCGCCACAGCAUGGCUACUUCUCGCCGGGGGCUCCUCCUCCCCCGGCACCGUACGAUCAAAAGGUUGCAUACACCUAUGAGCAGCCUGUUCAGUCUCCCGCCCCCAGCCCUCCUCCACCCGCUCCGGCAUAUGUAGCGCCGUACUAUGCACCGACAAACGGCGUGCCACCGACACCGACACCGACACAGUCGCCGGACCCAGUUGUAACGAGAGAUCCUCCCACUGGGACCGUAUAUGAAAUGGGUGGUGGGAGGUAACGUCUACAUUGACGUUACAGUUGGUCCACCCGAACAGAGAAGAGGCACGAAGUUUGUUGUGAAAUCUCAGUCUUCCGUAUCAUAAUUCUGACUUGAGGUGUUGGUCUGGUGCCCCAAGGUCACAGCCGUGUAGUGAGCCCGCCGUGUCGGGAGAGGAUAUAUACCCUUUCAGUUAUAGAUCAUGUUUUGCAAGUAGUCAUAUCCAAUGUCAUCCUACCCCAUUAGUGCACAGCGGUGGGCAAAUCUUUGU